AUGCCCCUCCCACCCAUCACCCCACCCCUCCUCAACUCCGCAAACCCAUGGUGCACAACCCUUGAACAACUCCAGGAACUCUACGACAGUCCACACACAGGCGCCAUCACAACGCGUACAUCCCUCCUCGGCGGUUUCCCGCACGAUCCCGCCCACCACCAAUUCACCUUCUUCAACCCCUCAACGCACGCAACCAGCACGCCGAACAAAGACCUCGGCGGCGAUGCUAGCACGACAGGGAGUCUGAACACGUUGGGGUACUCCCCAAUCCCCUUAUCCGAGUAUCUAGAAUAUGUGAAGACGAUAAGCGAGGGGUUGAGCGACGUGCCGCCAAACGGUCGGGAAAGUUACAAGCUAGUAGUUGUGUCUGUAACAGGCUCCGCAGAGGAAAUAGCACAAUGCUACAGCCUCAUCUGCACCACGCAGUCCAAUGUUAAAAUGCCGCUAGCCAUGGAAAUCAACCUCUCGUGUCCCAACAUCCCCGGAAAAACGCCGCCAGCGUACAACACCGCUGCUCUCCGCGAGUAUCUACUUGGGCUCAAAGUAGCGAUUGAUGUCGGCCUGACGAAAAGCGGGGGUGUAACGCAAAUUCCCGUUGGAAUCAAAAUCCCACCCUACACGUACAGCGAGCAGUUCGAGGGGUUGGUAGCCCCAUCUCCUUCAUCACAGCGGUAA